AGGCCACCUACCACAAUUUCAUAAUUACCAUAGUCUAGAGUAUCUUGAUGUUAAAUUUAACUCCCUUAAGGGUCUACUACCUUCGUCUAUUUGUAACAUGAACAAGCUUGAAUUUCUAGAUUUAUCACAUAACAACUUCAGUAACUCGAUUCCAAGUUGCUUGCGAAGCAUGGCUAGUCUAACGGUACUGGACUUAAGAAGGAACAAUUUCACAGGGAGUAUUCCACCAUUAUGUGCGCACAACACUUCAUUGAGAACCAUUGUCCUGAAUGGUAAUCGUUUUGAAGGAACUGUCCCGAUGUCGUUGCUCAAGUGUGAUGGUCUAGAAGUUCUUGAUGUGGGGAACAAUGUUAUAAAUGACACGUUUCCAGCUUGGCUAGGAACACUUGAACAACUGCAGGUCCUAAUAUUAAAGUCCAAUGUGUUCCAUGGACCAAUAAGUACUUGUCAGACUAAGUUUUGCUUUCCCAAGUUGCGAAUUUUUGAUCUUUCUAGUAAUGAAUUCAGUGGCUCACUUCCUGCAAAAGUUUUUGGACACUUCAAGGCAAUGAUCAAAUUAGAUGGUGAAGACACAGGAGAGAUCAAGUACAUGAAACAAUUUACGAAGUCAUCUUACAAAUCAUAUGAGGAUUCAGUGAGUUUGGUGAUCAAAGGACAGAAUAUUGAGCUACAAAGAAUCAGCACAAUUAUGACAACCAUAGAUCUCUCAAGCAACCAUUUUGAAGGUGUCAUUCCGAAAACACUAAAGGAUCUCAGCUCACUUUGGCUACUCAAUUUAUCACAUAACAAUCUCAGAGGUGAUAUUCCAAUGGAACUAGGAGGAUUGAAUAUGCUUGAAGCGUUAGAUCUCUCUUGGAAUCAACUCACUGGAAUGAUUCCGCAACAAUUGACAAGGCUAACCUUUCUGGCAUUCUUAAACCUCUCUCAAAAUCACCUAGUUGGACGCAUUCCUCAAGGUUCACAGUUCAACACAUUUGAAAACCGCUCGUAUGAGGGCAACAUUGAUUUAUGUGGUCCUCCUUUAUCAAGGCAAUGUGGAACGGGUGAUCCAUCGCAUAUUCCUCAACCAUUAGGGUCUGAAGAAGAUGAAGACGAGUCAUAUUUUUUAGUGGAUUUACGUGGGAAUCCGUAGUCAUAGGCUACAGUUUUGGACUCGUUGUUGGAACUGUCAUGUGGAGCCUCAUGUUUAAAUAUCGUAAGCCAAAAUGGUUUGUCGAAUUUUUUGAAGGCAUUUUCCCCAAGAAAAUGAGAAGGUCACAGAAGAGAAGGACGAGACGGCGGAUUUGAUUGAAGAUUGAAAGAGCCAGUAAUCUUUGUAUAAUAAGUAAUGUUCUGUUAAUGAGAGAACAAAGUAUCAUAUUAGUAGUUGAAAAGACAAAUAAAUUACCAAGUGUCAUCAGAAUUUUAGUAAUUUUAUAUCCUCUGAAAUCAUCUAAAAAGUACCGAAUCGUGUCUCAAUGUUUGAUCAUGAUUUCUUAAAAAGAACUAUUUGAUGUCAGAUUAUUAUUACAUAUUGGAAUAGAAUAAGAUCAAGUUGUCACAUGCCUGUAUUUAAUAACAUCAACUUGUCAUUAAUCAAGUCAAUAUAAUAGGGGACAAGUAUUAACUUUGGCCCCAUUAAGUUUUUUCUACUACAACUAGGCAGAAAAAUUGAUGUGAAAAGGUCUUGUGGAAAAUUAUAGAAUGUACCUAACAAGUUUGAAAACUAUUGUGGAAAAACAGAAGAAGAGAUGUUGAUGGAGAGUUGUACAAAGUUGACUUAAAACAGGAGUUCAAAUAUCUAUAAAAAUAUGUAUGGAUUUUUUGUAAGAACAUAACAUUCUGUUCUAUGUUGAAAACAAAUAUAAAAAUGUGGCCUCUCCUUUUCAUUUA